CUCACCUGGGGUCAUCGCGUUUUGCUGCAUAUUUGAGUGCAAAGAUGGCAGCAACAAGAAGACUUCAAAAGGAAUUACAAGACAUUCGGAAGUCGGGAAUGAAAUCUGUCAGAGAUAUACAGGUUGAUGAAUCAAACAUCCUUUUGUGGCAAGGUCUUGUAGUGCCUGAUAACCCACCUUAUAACAAAGGAGCCUUCAGAAUAGAAGUAAAUUUCCCUGCAGAAUAUCCUUUUAAACCUCCAAAAAUCACAUUUCGGACCAAGAUUUACCAUCCAAACAUUGAUGAGAAGGGACAAGUUUGUUUGCCUAUCAUCAGUGCUGAAAAUUGGAAGCCAGCUACAAAAACAGAACAAGUUAUUCAAGCUCUUGUGGCACUAGUGAAUGACCCUGAGCCUGAACAUCCAUUACGAGCAGACCUGGCAGAAGAAUACACAAAAGACAAGAAAAGAUUUUUCAAGAAUGCUGAGGAAUUCACCAAAAAGCAUUCCGAAAAGAGACCCCCUGAUUAAUUCAGAAAGUGACAACUCUCCACAAGCUUGAACCGAUUGCCAGACACUAAAUGUGCCAGCAUCUGGGAAGGUGAGCUGGAAAUACAAGUAUCAACAAUCCCUCAGCUGGGUCACCAGCUGGCAGACAAUAUGAGGCACCCACACACAGAGAUAUCAGCUGAUUGUUGUGUUUUCUCUCUGUUUUUUCCAUAAUUUAGGUAAGUUAUUGAUGCCAUAACAUCAAGAUAUGCAAUGAAAAUGUGUCAUAUAUAUAUCAUAAUACAGUGAAAUAUACUGAUAAUUUACGAUGUUUUUGAUGGAGAAAUGACAUUGAUUGAGGAUUGACAGUGAUAUCUAAUUAUGCGGUGAAAGGGUUAAUUUCAUGCAGUUUUUUACAAUAUUUUGAGAGCUGUUAUUUCAUAUUCUGUUUUUAAGUACUAUUCUUUUCUUCUGUAGUACUGAAAUGUUACUUUCAAAAUACUAUAAUAAAUUCUUUUUUACAACUCA